AUGAGACAUCACAUACAAGGAGAAGACUAUGAGCUAUGGGACAUUGUCACUGAUGGUCCACUGUCUACAUUGAAGGAAAAUGCUGAAGGAUUAGAUAUGCCAAAGAUAAGAGCUGAUUGCAAUGCUGAUGAUCUGAAGAAAAGGGAAAAGAAUGGGGAAAAAGCUAUUUCAUCUGAAAUAGAGCAGGUAGCUUUUGGUCCUAAGGUUGUGUCUGAAAUAAUUUCUGAGGUUGCUGAGAAUCUGGAGAACAUAUUUGUUAUGAUUGUAACUAUUGCUGGGGUUGAAAUCACUAAAUCUAGAAACAUUGGCAGUAAAGAUAAAAAGAAAAAAGAAAAAGAGAGUGAGGGUACUCAAGGUGAUGUGAGGGAAAAGGGAAAAGAAGGAGUGGUUGAAUCUUCACCUACUCCGGCUGAGAUGACUGAGGAGACUGGGGCUAUGGUAUUGUGGAGUGAGGAUGCCGCUGAGGAGGAAGAAAGAUGGAGAGAAAAAGAGGGUAGUGGUGCUGGUGAUGCAAGUGCAGCUGAGGGGUUGGUUAAAUUGAGGAAGAGGUUCGAAGAACCUGUUCCAUCUGUGGCAAACAAGAAGAUAAAAGUUACCUCUUCUAUACCUAUAGAGACUCCUCCUACAAGAGGAAGGGCUACAAGGAGUCAGAAUAAGCAUAGUAAGGUUGCACCGGAAAGAGCCCUAGAAGAGAGUAAAAGAAAAGUUGUUGCAAAGGGAAAGAAGAAAGUGAGUGAGCAUGUUCAGGCAGAUGAAAUUGAGGAGAUGGACCUGGUCCUUCAUGAUGAAGACAAGGCAGAGGAGGUGGAGACUGUUGAUGCAGAGCCCUCUACCUUGGCAAAAAGAACCAGGUAUGCAAGAAAAUCUAGAAAAGUGCAAAUAGUGGAGGAAGAGGAAAGUGAAGAAGAAGAGGAAAGUGAUGAAGAGCUGGACAAGAUGGUUAAGUUUGGGAAAAGAACUAUCUUGAAGGAUAGACUCCGCAGGGACUUGGAGGAGGAAGGCAUGGUGAUGCUGGUAGAAAAACUAUAA